GGGGAUUCCCAGAUAAGGAAGUUCCAUUUUUUUCAUGAUAUAUUCUUUGUUUAUUGUUUUUAUUUUCCACAAUUGAUAUUGAGUUGGCAACAAGCAGUUUUAUAAUCGAAUUUAUAACCACAUUUCACGCGACAUCUUGCCAAGUGCAGAUGAGCGAUGGAAAGAGUGUUACUGAGAUCUACAGAUGAAGAAGUUGGGAGGCUGGUGGGAGAGGUGAAGAAAAAGUUUGAAGAAAAGUACCAUUCUUGUGAAGCAUUUUGGGAAGAAUGUUUAACAGAUCCCAAUGAUAGUCAGAGAGUGGCUCAGAUCAUUCAGGAUGGUAGGAUUGUGGUGAUAGUGGUUCUAGACCAGGCACUGCAUGAUAUUUUAGAUCACAAGAAAUCUAGAAGGCUUCUGAACAAAAUCAGAGAUCAGUUCAAAUGUGGUAGAGUUGUGUUUAUGAAGUAUCAGAUUAAGGAGGGCGAGAUACAGGAGUUUAUUGAUGAUGUCACAGAGGAGGAGGUCUGUGAAGUUCGCGAUCUCUGUAACGAGAACAUUCCAACCAUCUGUGCACAGAUCUGGGAGCUUCCCUCUGUGAAUCGCAAAGCUACAGAAUCUGAUGAAAUCUCGCCCUCACUAGAUUUAGCAGCCAAAAAAUUGAGCAAUGAGUGGAAUACUGUGGACAAGGAGUCUAUUGAAGUUGACGAUUACACCCGCAACAGUGGUAGUCAAUACAGAUCAGUUAACAACACAAUAUCGGAUUAUCAUGAUGUUUUAUCUUGUGAUCCUCAGGAAUCCCAUAAUUCCUUCACUUCUACCAGUUCCACUGAGACGGGAUCCUCUCUGUCCAGCAGUAGGGAGGAUGGAACAAUGAACUCCACCCAGAACACACACACUCACACAGAAAAUGUGCAGUCUUUGUCAAAAAAAACCAGCACCAAGUUGCGAGUAUGCAUAUCAAAAGAAGAUAGUAUGAAAAACACAGAGAAUGUAAGAAUGGAUAUGCAACAUACAUGUGUGCCUGAGUCACAAACAUUUGCUGAAAAAGAAAAGAAAGACCAGCAUGUUGGUCAUGAAAACCCAAGGCCUCAGGAGUCAGAGACAAGAGGUCAGGUAACGCUGUGUAAACCUGCAAAUAUUACACAGGGGCAGUGCAGACUCUCUGAGACCACUACUUGUCAGAGUGUACAAAUGGUGUUUGUUGAACAAUCGGACAUGACAGACUUGCAGUUAGUGCGGUCAAGGGGAGGGAAUUGCUCUUUUUCAUGCAGUGGCUCUCAGACUCCAGAGAUGACCAACCAGAUUGCUAUGCAGAGUACCAAUCCUAAAAAUAUACAAUAUUUACAAGGAGAGCAGAGUCCCAAUUUACCAGUCCCAGUACAAGAAACUUGUAAUCCUACAGAAAUGAUGCCAAAUCAAAACAUAUCAGUGCAUUCUGAAUCAAUGAACAGACAGGAUUUGAUGCAAAGUUUUACAACAUCUUAUCAUCCAAUGUACUUGUCUACUUCUGGCAUUCGGUGUCAAAAAUGUAACCAAAUUAAGGACAAUGUGAAGCUGUACUCAACACCUCCUUAUCCAAAUGAGCUUGCUUCUGCCAUGUCUAAUCCAAUGUGCUUCAGUGUUACAAACUCCUCAGGUCCAGAAGCCAUGAGAUUUUCUUUCUCCCUGUGCCUAGAUUGCAGCAACAAUGACUUCCCCACAGAGGGUCAAAUCAGGCAGAAUUCUUUCUGUGGAACCAAUGAGACAUUCCACAGCUCCAACUUGUUUCCCCCAAACUUGGAGCACUCUGUGGUCAGACCCACUCAUUUGGAGCAUCCUGUUCAGCAGAUGGGUGCUGUUUCAAAUUUGGAAAAGGGUCUUCAGACAAAUCACACCAUGGCUCGCCAUGAUAGCUCACCCUCCAGGCUAUACAUGUACCAGUUACCAGCACAUCAGCAAGGGUAUAACAAUAAUUUCAGCCAGCCCCAGUUCAGGCAGGAAAUUCUUACGAUUGACCAGAAUAUGCGACAGGUGCCAAGUUUUCACAGAAACAUACCUGUCAACUCUGCAGGCAUCCAACAUUCCAAUCCAGACAAUACCCAAAUCAGAUCAUCAAACUCACAUCCCAGGGCAUUUUCAGGAAUUCCAGAAAAUCUGUCAACCACUGUCAACAAGGGUUACAAAACUGGUUCACCUCAGCCAAUAUCUCACCUCAGGCACCAGCAAAUCUCACGCUCUUCUCCAAGUCUGAAUAACUCGCAUUUUCAGACUUUUGGCGGAGCUUCUUCAGAGACAUCACACAAACCAUGUUCAGAAGACAGUGCAGCUGCAGGGGCUUCAGAAGCAAUCAGUGAUUACGACCACCUCCCUUUGACAAAUCUGAGCCACAUUGUAAUUGAAUACAUUCAGUCACAGAUGGACUUAUUUCAAAGCCCACAACUGAAUUGGGAGAAAUUAGCUCAUCUUCAUGGCUGGAACUUCGGAAAUAUUUACACAAUCAAACAAAAAUGGCAGAGGAGAAUGAUUGAAAGUCCUUUUCUGGAACUCAUUCAGAACUCAAAGGACUUCCAAAACUACACUUAUGGACACCUGAAAAGUGAUCUGGAGAAGAUUCCCAGAAAAGACAUUUUGGAAAAGUUGCGAGAAUUUGAAGAGAAACAGGAGCUUAUUGUUUGAGUUACAUUAUCCGUGGUCAUUCCAUAAUCAGUACGUCCAAAAAAAAUUUUGUUCCAAUGAUAUUUCAACUUUUACAGUAUUUAAUUACCACCAUAGUAUUAGAUCCAAACACCAUAAAAGACAACUUACGAUGUCCAAUUUUUUUGGUGGAGCUUUUUAGAGGAAUUGCUUUUCUUUUACUUGUACAUAUACAGUAAUUAAAAAACACCUGCUGAGAAAUCCAUUUUAUUUGUACUUGCUACAAUACACAGUAAAUGCUUUUAAAGACCCAUUUUUUUUAUGUGAAUGUGUAUACAUAUUAAAAUGAUUUAAAUUGGA